AUGUUUAUCUUGACAGUUGAUUUGGGAAUAAGUGUCCAGCAGGACACUGGGGUCACUUCUUCCCCCAAGACAAUGGAGCUCAGCGCGGGUGCAGAUGCCAAGGCCAACGGAAAGAAUCUUGGGCAAGAGGCCAGAGCCCAGCCACCAGCUGCUAAGUCGCGUUUUUCCUUGACGCUCUCUCGGCCUGUACCAGGACGUACCAGAGACCAAGGCUCGGUUCCAGCGCCAGCACCAGGGAUGCUUGAUGUCAGCUCCCCGGGAGCUCUGGAGAACAAAGACCAAAGUGAGAGGCCCGGCCUUUCAGUAGCAGCUGCACCCAGACCCAAUGCAGAUAAAAGCCCAGGGCACACCCCAGCCAGAGAAGAAGGCUGCUCGGCUACCGGAGAGGUGGGGGGAGCCACUCCCGUCAAGUCUAAGGACUCCAGCUUUUUGGACAAACUCUUCAAACUAGACAGGAGACAGGAAAAGGUACCUGUAGAGAGACUGAUUACUGAGUCUCCAGCCCAGGCGGACAACACUCCAGAAUCAUCAAGGCUGUGCAACCAUGGCUCUGCAGAGGCGGACAUAGAUGUCAGUGAGGCGAAAGAACAGGAAGUUGGACCGUUGAAUUGCUCUCUCCCCCAGGACCCAGCAGUACUGGACACAACUGAGGAGGACCCCCAGGCAGCAGAAACAGAGAAUAAUUCCAUCAUGAGUUUCUUUAAAACCCUGGUUUCACCUAAUAAAGUGGAAACAAAAAAAGAACCAGAAGACAUGGCAUCCAAAGCAGAGAUUGUUUGUGAUGGACAAGUGGGGCAGAAGACAACCGAGAUCCACGAUAAAGGCUCCAAGAAAAAGCAACUGCAGAGCCCCAGGCUCAGUUUAGCCUGUAAAAGAUUCUUUAGACAAAAGGGUAUUGAAAAGUCAUCUGCCACUUCAGCAGACCUUAAAUCAGGCAAGGUCAGUUUUGCAUCCCAGGAAGCCUCACAGGGAACAACCAAAAAUCCUAUAUCUACUGAACCAGCAAAGGAAGGAACCAAGGAAAAGGGAGCACCCACCUCUCUGCCUCUGGGCAAACUGUUUUGGAAAAAGUCAGGCAGAGAGGCACCCGUUCCCACAGGUACAGAGGAGAAUGUGGUGUGCGAAUCACCAGUAGAGGCACGAACCAGCGAGGACGUAGAAUCCGCCUUACAAACAGUGGAUCUCAGUGACGAAGGAGAAGCUGCUCCAGGGCCUGCAGAGGUCAAAAUCAAACAGGAAGACCGAAAACCAUCCAGAACCUCUCUAAGGGCAUUUUUCAGACAAAUGUCAGUGAAAGGGGAUGGAGGAACCUCUCACUCUGAAGACACGAACAAGAAAGACGCCAGCAUCCAAACAUCCACGGAGAAGCCCGUCUCACCACCGGGGCCUGAGCCCGCAGUGGCAAAUCCAAAGGGCAAGGAGGAUUCCGCCAAGGAUAAGAAGGCCCCCUCCACAGAAGUGAGCAAGCCCAAAGGAAACAAACAGGAAGCCAGAGAUCCAGCCCCAGGAGCAGAGCCUGCGGUAGCCGCAGUGAACUCACUGCAAAACGGAGAAGGGCUCAGCUCCCCCCGGAGACCCGACAAGUGGAAGCAACCCCUAGGAGGGUUCUUCAAGAACCUGGGACCAAAACGGAUGUUGGAUGCCCAAGUGCAGACAGACCCCGUCUCCAUUGGACCAGUUGGCAAAUCCAAGUGUUUGGCCAGAUGGGGCUUUGCCAGGGUCAAGAAGAAGAUGUGACCCUCCCAGGAACGGAGUUGCUAAGUGGACGGGCACCCAGGAGGAAAAAAGAAAAAGGCAAAACCAGUCCCCCUGCUUUCCUUGUCACCACUUCAGGGACCUCAGACUGACACUGGCAGAGGAACCCUGUGCAAAAGCAUGGUCCCACAGUCCUGGUGUUCCCUCCAUCACUUAGAGAAGUCCAGAAGAGAAGGGAAGAGGGAAUGAAAUCCUGAGAUUAGGUUCUUGCCUGUGAUCAAUUGAAGAUCAUUCUUAAUCCCUCCAUGCCACUUCUCUCCAUCCUGCCAAGUCCCCUUGUUUGUCUGCAAGCAAUCCAGAUGGUUUAGGAUCCCAUUAAUUCUAUUUCAGUGGACCAGAGUCUAGAAUGUGUAUCCUGCUAGCUGUAGGUAGCUGAUUAAAAUCUGGACCUAACCUAACAAAGGUCCUGAAAUCCAAGGGUCCCAAAAUAAACUGCAGUUAAAAGAAAAUAAAAGUAGCCAGAAUAAAGCUAGGGAAACUGAUUUUCCUGAACCAACCCCAUUCCCAAAUACUGAAAACAAUCCCUGCUGAAAUGUGAGAUUCCCAGAACCAAUUUUCAUCACUCUUCCCUUGUACCCAGUUAAACCAUUUUAAGGCAGCAAUUGGCAUGUAGGGAAGAGUUAAGCUGUUCUGGGGACUCCCCUUAGUCUACCUUUCAGGGGGGGGAAAAUGUCACACUGGCCCACUGGAAAUGAGGGAUCCUUUAGAAAGGAAAAAAUUUACUUACUGAGCAGCAAAUUCAAGUUAAUUUGUAAUUUAGAUAUUUAGUUUGAAGCCUUUAAGCCGUUAGAGACAGCUCCAAACCCAAUUGCAUAAAUUGGGUUUCUGGGGGAAACCAGAAAGUGAAGGCUUUCCUUUGCUUCUCUUCCCCCAGAAAGGUCCUCAGUGAUGCCUCUCCAUUUCCUGCCCCUUAUUGGGCUCUGCCUAGGUAACAGUAAACGCUAGUGUUAGAAUUGGAAGAAUCUAAUCUGCCUUAGAUGAAGCUCGCUUCAGUGUAUGUGGAUAUGUUUUCUCAUUGACAGCCCUAGACCCUAAACAGAACUGAAUCACCCCUCUGUCUCAUUAAUUUUUGGGGACACUGGCCUUCACUAGGAUGCUUUUGCCUUUUAUUUUCACCCAAGGGAGCCCUUCCAAACCACAUGGCUCCAGCUGUGGUUCUGGCCCAGUUUGCCACUAGAGAAAGAAGGUCCUUGCUUCAGGUAUAGAACCAAAGUGUUCCCUGACCACUUGCCAACACAGGUGAGGGUGGAGAUAAACCAGGAUGGGUUAUUUUGUUUU